CGUCUGAGUACAAAUUGGAAAGAAAACAGGUUGUUGUGAUCGAUUCAAAACAGAAAACAGGACCUGGCUAUGGCUACUUCUAUACUUGGGGAAGAACCGCGAUUUGGAACUACCCCUUUGGCUAUGCUGGCUGCUACCUGCAACAAAAUCGGCAACACCAGUCCUCUCACGACAUUACCUGACUCCAGCGCAUUCACGAAAGGUGGAUUUCACCCUUGGAAAAGAUCGUCCUCGAGUUGCAACUUGGGAACGAGUCUGCCCGGCUUCACGGUGGCGACGAGCAGGGGCUCCACGGGACUAACCUCCACAGCUGGCACGGGCAACAGCGCGUUUUGCCUGGCAUCCACCUCCCCCACCUCCUCGGCGUUUUCUACUGAAUACAGCAGUUUGUUCUCGAACUCGGCGAGUGUGACUUCGCAAGAGUCGGGACAGUCAGCUUUCAUCUCCAAAGUUCACUCCUCAGCAGAGACUCUCUACCCAAGGGUGGGCAUGGCGCACCCCUACGAGUCGUGGUACAAGCCAGGCUUUCACUCGACAAUCUCGAGUGAAGUGGCAAACGGAGUGUCUCCGUGGUGGGACAUGCACACCAAUCCCAGUUGGCUAGAAGUGCAGAAUCCCGCCAGCACUCUGCAGACCUCAUUGCACUCCGGGACUCCACAAGCCAUACACUCCCAACUCAGCGGUUACAAUCCCGAUUUCUCCACUCUGACACACUCUGCGUUUAGUUCGACUGGCGUCAGUCCAUCAGCGUCUCAUCUGCUGUCCACUAGCCAGCAUCUUUUGGCACAGGAGAACUUCAAAUCAGUCAUUCCAACAUACACGGACACUUCUGCCGCGAAUGCCAUGAUAUCAGGUACCAGCUCGUCGAUAGGAAGUUCAUCUCGGUCGUCCAGGAGAUAUUCCGGAAGGGCAACAUGUGAUUGUCCGAACUGUCAGGAGGCUGAGCGACUCGGGCCUGCAGGGGCCAGUCUACGCAGAAAGGGCAUCCACAGCUGUCACAUCCCUGGUUGUGGCAAAGUAUACGGCAAAACCUCCCACCUCAAGGCUCACCUCAGAUGGCACACAGGCGAGAGGCCGUUUGUGUGUAACUGGCUGUUUUGUGGUAAGCGCUUCACAAGGUCUGAUGAACUCCAGAGGCACCUUCGUACCCACACUGGGGAGAAAAGGUUUGCCUGUCCCGUAUGCAACAAGCGCUUCAUGAGAAGCGACCAUCUGAGCAAACACAUUAAAACUCACACCGCUGGCGGAGGAGGUAAAAAGGGAAGUGACAGUGACACGGACACCAGUAACCUGGAGACACCCAGGUCCGAGUCUCCAGAACUAAUGCUGGACGGAGUCAACCCGAACCGGGUCAAGGACCAGUCUCCUCAUCACGAUUAAUAGACAAUUUACGCAUUACAAUAUCGACUGACCUCUGUAUAAUCACACAGAAACAACACAUUUAAGGUAAAGGAAACAAGUGAGACUUGAAUCUGUAGGGGGAAACUGUCUUAUGUCAGGCAUGGGUUUCCUUCCACACGUUGAUUAAAAAAGUCAUAAUUUUAGUCCAAACUAAAAAAUGGCAUCACCUCUGAUUAGAGAGCUUCUCAAUGCGAAGCGGCUGAUCUGGGAUGACACGUGUGCUUUCCUGGACCCGGGCUGACAAGUGUUUUGACAUAAGACGUUUUUAAGGAUCCGUGCGCAAAGACGAACCCAAAAGAAUUUUCAAUGAACUGGAGCAUUUGCGUUGCAUUCUCCAUGUACAUAUGUGGACAACAAAUAACAUGUUAUUUUUCUUGUAAAUGUUAUUAUUGUUUUGUCCGUGGUGGAUCCUGAAAUUCAGGGAGUUUUCUUUACUUUCGACGCACUUUGUGGAUGUCAGUAUGUAUGUACACAGCUAUUUAAAUAUUCAGUUAUUCACUUUCCUUUCAUCGCUAAAAUAUAAAUGUUUAAUUGUAUAA